UUGACUUUCAUUCACAUCUGACCUAAAUAGGCAUAACGAAUUUCCUGUUAAAAAGAGGGGUUUUUUUUCUCCUCAGUAGAAAGUUUUACUUUAUCAUUAUUUUCUGUUUUGCUUUCAGCAAUUCUUAGAGCUGCUGAAUAGCAUGACUUCCUCUGCUGUUGUUGAUAAACCUCCGGUAAGACGGGUUGCAAUCUUCGGGGGAACUCAUGGCAAUGAGUUAUCAGGGGUAUUUUUGGUCAAGCACUGGCAAGAGAACGGAGCUGAGAUUCAAAGAACAGGAAUGGAAGUGAAACCAUUUCUUACCAAUCCAAGAGCUGUGAAGAUGUGUACUAGAUACAUUGACUGUGAUCUGAACCGUGUUUUUGACCCUGAUAAUCUUGGCAGGACAGAGGUGGAAGAUAUUCCAUAUGAAGUGAGAAGGGCUCAGGAAAUCAAUCAUAUAUUUGGUCCAAAAGGUAGUGAUGAUGCCUAUGACCUUAUUUUUGACCUUCACAACACCACUUCUAACAUGGGUGGUACCCUUAUUCUUGAAAACUCCAGGGAUGACUUUACAAUUCAAAUGUUUCAUUAUAUCAAGAGCACUUUGGCUCCAGAACACUGUCCUGUUUUGCUGAUUGAACAUCCUAGCCUGAAAUAUGCAACAACUCGAUCUGUAGCGAAACAUCCUGUUGGUGUGGAGGUGGGUCCCCAGCCACAAGGUGUUGUUAGAGCUGACACUUUGGACAAAAUGAGGAAGAUUGUCAAACAUGGCCUGGAUUUUGUGCAACUUUUUAAUGAAGGAAAGGAAUUUCCACCAUGUACAAUUGAGGUUUUUAAAAUAAUGGAGAAAGUAGAUUAUCCCAGGAAUAAGAACGAUGAAGUUAUUGCUAUUAUUCACCCUAAACUGCAGGAUCAAGACUGGCAGCCACUGAACAAUGGCGAUCCUCUAUUUUUGACUCUUGAUGGAGAAGUAAUUUCCUAUGCAGGGGACUGUACAGUCUAUCCAACAUUUAUUAAUGAAGCUGCAUAUUAUGAAAAGAAACAAGCUUUUGUAAAGACAGUAAAAAUGAAACUUACUGCAAAGCAAAUCAGAUCCUCAGUCUUAGAUCAGAACACUUAAAAGCUUAUCACGGAUUUUGCAUAGAAAAAACUGAUUUCUCUGUGAAACCCAGUGUCAUUCAAUAGUGAUUCAUGGAAUAAAUAAAUAAAUGCAGAAUCUAACUUAAAAUGACAAUUUAAUUAACAUCGCUGAGCACUUCUAUGAUGAAAUGGUAAAUGGACCUGCUUUGGCAGAGGGGUUGGACUAGAUGAUCUCUAAAGGUCCCUUUGAAUCCCUGCCAUUCUGUGAUUCUAUGAAAUAUACUGCCAUGAUGCUAAUUACGAUUGUUUACUUUUCUGAUAUGUUACUACAGAAGCAAAGAAUAAAUAUUUUUAUCAAAUGUGUCAGGUCACAUGACAAAAAAUGAUUAAAGUGUGCAACAUCUGGCAUUCCACUUACAGCCAGCAUCACACAGAAAGGUGCUUGUCCACAAAAAUUCCAGCAUUUCUACUUUAUAACACCAAGCCUCCAAUAACCAACACUUUUAAAAACUGAGUGAUCCUUCACACUAAUUUCUUGAAAGAACAUACAACAUAUGAGAAAAGAAAACCCAGGGUGAGAGAAACAGAGUGAGGGUAUGUAUACUUUCUAUUAUAUGCAUUUGUGACUAAUCCCUACUUUACUGAUGUGGGAGCCUUAAGGGUUUGUUCCGUUUUCCUUUUAUACUUCUGAAGAUAUAAAAUAAGCCAAAACAUGAUUUCUGGGAAAAAUAAACUAAAAUUAAAUUUAAAGCUUUUUACAUGUAAAGUAUUACAGGAUUAAUUCAAGCUGUUUCUCAUUUAACAUUAAUUUAAAGACAAAAUUGUCAAUUUGGAAAGUAUCUAGUAGCUGGAAAUGUACUGGAACAACACUGAAAUGCAAGAAAAAGAUGUGCUCAUCCCAUGGAAACUUUCCCAUGGAAAGUUUCUGUUGCAAUGGAGAAAAGAGAAGUUUAUAGCUUUAUAACUUUCUAGGUGUAUCCACCUACUGCUUAUAACAUUUUCCAUAUCAAGUUUUAAUCACUGCUAUACCUCCCAAAAGCUUUCAAUGAAGAAAGCAAAAUGAGGUAAUUACUCAGGUUUUGAUAAGAGCAAUGUACAAACCAUACCUGAGCAUUUCAGAAAGGAAAUUAACAAUUCCAUAUGGGGACACUUCUCAGAAUUUUAAGACUGGCUUGCUCUGUAUUUGUAGGGAGAAAGCCUGUCAGAGCAGCUGAAAAAAAGAGAAGAAAAUGGAGAUUUAAUUCAUUUUCUAAAGAUGUUUUUAACAUAUUUGACAGUAAUUUGAGACAGAGAAAUCAAACAGCUUUCCAUAAAGAUCCAAUUAUUGCAUCCUUAUGCAAAGAUUCAUUGUCUAGAUAACCCACAAAUUACAUAUUUUGAAAAGUGAUGUUUUCCUUAUUUACUACUAAGCCAAAAUCCUUUUUUCCUUGCUUUCUGUAACUCCUAUGGCAAUAAAAUAAAAACACAGGACGAUGUUUA